AUCGAAUUCCUUACUUAAAGACCUCGACCGUGAAGUGCUCUACACACGUUAUACAGUUCCGGUGAGUGACUAUCGACGACAAGUCCGCCAGUAAAACACAUCUGUAAUAUACCGGAGACAAACAGAGCAAUGGCCGAGACAGGAAAGCUUGUAAAUGGUGUGACCUGUGAUGUCACUAAUCUCACAAUGAAGGACGCUGUCUCUACACAGACUGGGACAUUCAAGGUAAAGGCUGGCCUAGCUCAGAUGGCCAAAGGUGGCAUAAUAAUGGACGUGACAACUCCAGAGGAAGCUCGAAUUGCUGAAGAGGCUGGGGCAUGUGCAGUCAUGGCAUUGGAGCGUGUCCCUGCUGAUAUUAGAAGAGAGGGAGGCGUGGCCAGAAUGACUGAUCCAAUGAAAAUUAAGGGAAUUAUUGCUGCAGUGACUAUCCCAGUGAUGGCUAAAUCAAGGAUUGGUCAUUUCGCAGAGGCCCAGAUUCUGCAAGCUCUUGGAGUGGACAUGGUGGAUGAAUCAGAAGUUUUAACGCCAGCAGAUGAGGUGAAUCACAUCAACAAACACAAUUUUGAGGUUCCGUUUGUUUGUGGAGCACGUGACCUCGGUGAAGCAUUACGGAGAAUUUCCGAGGGUGCUGCCAUGAUCAGGACAAAGGGAGAAGCAGGCACUGGGGAUGUUUCUGAAGCUGUUAAACAUGCCAGAACAAUCAAUAAGCAGAUCAAGUUAGCCAGUGCCAUGGACUCGACUGAAUUAUAUAACUACGCUAAGGAGCUCCGGGUGCCACACGAUCUGCUCAAAAAGACCGCGGAGCUGGGAAGACUUCCUGUAGUCAACUUUGCCGCAGGGGGCCUAGCUACUCCAGCUGAUGUUUCCCUUUUGAUGCAGCUUGGGGUGGAUGGUGUGUUCGUAGGCUCUGGAAUUUUCAAAAGUUCAAAUCCCGCAAAGCGGGCAGUUGCUAUGGCACAAGCUGUGACACACUACAAAGACCCUAAGAUAUUGGCUGAGUUAAGCUCCGACCUUGGUGAUGCCAUGUUUGGUGUUCCCCAUGGAGACAAAUCUGCUGACAAAUGGGCUAAAACAAAGAACUCUGUUGGCGGAGACAAAAUGAAAAUCUGGGAUGCCACACUUGGUGAUCCAGCCAAAAUUAAUGGACAGUAAUUAAUAUACGUAUAUCUCUUCUUUUUAUUGGGGAAGGUGGACACUUAAAAGUUUGUUUUCUGUGAUAGUGAUUUAUAUCACUGAUGGUUUGUAGUUCAAGAAUAUUUGUAAAGCAAGCUGAGAAAAUAUGCAUCAUUUGAUGGGUUAUCAGGUUUAUCUGUUUAUCUUAUUAAAAUUUGACAUCGACCAAAUACUAUGAAGGACUUAGUCACUAAAACUCUUGAUUAACAUGACAUCUGUACAUGUACAUUUACCUCCUUACAUACUUCAUGGGGACAGUUUUUAUUUUGUAUAAUUACAUUAAAUGAAAUGUGUGAGAUUUCAUGAGCAUGAUAUCAUAUCAAUGAUGUGCAAUAAACAAAUUGUAAUAUUGGCAUUAAAAUAAUCAGAUUUCUA